AUGUCCUCCAUCGCCUUCGACGAGCUCUCAUAUCCGGGAAUCAUUGACCACAUCUUCGCUUACGCCUCUCGCGAUGCCCUCCUCAUCAUGCGCCAGGUCUCGCGCGCGUGGCGAGAUCGGGCGGACGCGCAUUUCGUAACCCGUGUGACCAUCGCCCAGCGCUCCGUCGGAGGCAAGUCGGUGGUCGAGAUGCGCGGGCCACUCGGCGUAAUCCCCAGACAGGACUGGUACGAGACGAGUGUUGGCGAUGCGACGCGCGUCCUCGACCUCGGGUGCGGCGGCAGUGCGGCUGCUCUAGCCGGUCUGUGCCGACUACACAAGCUCGACCUCCUCCGCGACCACGGAUACGUGAUGCGGAACCGGGCACCGCUCCCCCCCGCCCGCGCAUACCUCAUGAACCGCGUCGGCGUCGACACAUUCUCGUCGUACUGGGACCACCUCGUCAUCUGCCUCCCAUACUUCCAGCCCACGUUUGUGCCGCUCGAGAACGUGUUCGGAUCCCACGGGUCCUUCCCCAAGUCACUCGCAGGCGCAGUUCAGAACGUGCGCGGUACGGUCCGCCGGCCCUCUGUCCUCGCCUCGUCCUUGACAUUCGGGGACAACGGGCGUGCAUCGCACCUCGCCGCUCCGCAUCCACGGGUCAGUGCCCUCGGUGCGGGGCAAUACACCGGCUUCGUGAUCCCCCUCUCCCGCCCGUCGAGGAGCUUCCACGUCCCCGGAGCGUUCACCAUCAUCCUCGCUCGUCCACCGCCAGACUUUGCUCCACGUCCACAAGGCGUCGCUGCGUCGCGCCGUGCACCGAGACGCGCCGACGACUACGAGGGCACGUUCCGCAACAUGUCACGCCGCAUCGCCAAGAUCGUCGCGGAUGGCGGGCUCGUGCCCAUCACCCUCGUUGGGUUCGAUGGAUGGUUUACGUUCCUCCCGCACAACCGCGUGUGCUCGUACGACACACUCAUGGACGAGAUCCGCCGCUCCCUCACCGACUUCCUCAAGAGCGACGAGGGUGUCGAGGAGCGAAUGUCCGCCAUCGAAUACCUCUCCCUGGACGAGUACUGUGAGCGCGUCGGAAACGAGCGCUUCGUCCUUGAGACCGAGUUCGCCGACACUAUGGGACCCGGCCCGGAGGACGACGGCGAGGGCCGCACGACCUGGACGCCGUCAGUGGGCGUGGCGGCCCAGGGUCCACAAUCGUUGCCCGCGUAA